CUCCGCUCAUCACAUUGCCAUUUGCUUACCAAUUAACCUCUACACUCACUGUUGCUUAUUCUCAAGAAACUUGUUUUUUUGUUCUUGUCUUGGCCUUCUCUUUCCUUCUGGAGAAUAUUUUUCUCGAAGUUGCUGUCGAUGGAUGUUCUACACUUCGUGUUCGGUGUUUUUGGAAAUGCCACUGCUUUGUUCCUCUUCUUGGCUCCAACGAUUACAUUCAAGAGAAUCAUAAGGAGCAAGUCCACAGAGCAGUUCUCAGGCAUCCCGUACGUGAUGACCCUGCUAAACUGUCUCCUUUCCGCCUGGUAUGGUCUGCCAUUUGUGUCCAAGAACAAUCUUCUGGUGUCAACAAUUAAUGGUACAGGAGCAGCAAUUGAAACCAUAUAUGUUUUGAUCUUCAUUAUCUAUGCACCAAGGAAGGAGAAGAGCAAAAUCCUAGGCCUCUUUACGCUGGUGCUCACUAUUUUUGCUAUUGUGGCCUUUGUGUCCCUGUUUGCCCUGCAUGACAAGGCCAGGAAGCUCUUCUGUGGCUUAGCUGCCACCAUUUUCUCCAUCAUUAUGUACGCCUCACCUCUGUCUAUCAUUAGGUUGGUGAUUAAAACUAAGAGUGUAGAAUUCAUGCCAUUUUUCUUGUCACUGUUUGUGUUCCUCUGUGGCACUUCUUGGUUCAUCUUCGGCCUACUUGGCCGCGAUCCUUUUGUAGCUAUCCCCAAUGGUUUUGGGUGUGGUCUAGGUGCAAUACAGCUGAUCCUAUACUUCAUCUAUCGCAAAAAUAAGGGUAAAGAUGCAGCAGCUGCAAAGCAACCCACAUCUGAAUCACUGGAGAUGGGUUCAGGAAAGCCCCAGCAAGAGAAGCAAAUGGUGGCAAAUGGGUCAGUGGACGAGCGAGUUUAAACACAAACGCAGCUUGCUAGUACUAAGUACACGGCUGACAUUCUCCCGGCUUCAGCCAUCACCCUGGCCUAUAGCAUAUAUUAAGAUUAAAAAAAAAAAAAAGAAGCAGUUGCUAAUUGCAAGCGAAAUUGAGUUGGUAGUGCAAGUGUUUGAUGUAAAGUUUUCUUGCUUUUAAUUUUUGGUUUGCUAUCCAAUGAAAAUGCCAAUUUAGGUGA